CAACCACAACAAAAACAUUUGGGAUAAUCAAAUAAAUCAAAAAGUUGGAAGAAAAUUUACGAAACAUACUUCCUCAGCCCUGGUGAGUACCACUACGGUACUGACAUUGCUACUGCACCGGGAGCAGUCCACUGUCAUGUUUGGGUGUGGCGUUAUAAUUUGUUCCCUUGGAAACAUAUCUAUUUAGGUCUAGAUCUAGACUCUAUAUAGAUCUAAGUGUUUAAACAAGUGAUAGUGACUAGAUCUAUGUGACUACUCUAGCCUAGGUAACUAGAUUUACUAUUUUUUUUUUGCUUUACAAUAAUUUACAUAGGCAGCCUAAAGAAGGCUCAUUUUUGGCCACUAAAAAUGUAAUAACUUCCCUCAAAAUUAACUCAGCAAAAUAAAAUUGGUGUCAUUGGAAAACAUUUCUCAAGCUUUAUCUUAGAACUGAGUAGGUUCCAUUGCAUUGUGAUCAUUUGAAAUUUUUACCUAAGUAGGUUCAAUCUAAAUUAAAGGUAAAAAAAUGUUUUAGUCUGCAGCUAACAUUUUUAACUUUUACAGCCAGUCUUCUAAAAACAAGUGAGGCAAAGUGAUGUGAUAGUUAGGAUAGAUCUAGAACUUUUUUUUAAAAAUCAAUAAAGAUCUACUAAAGUGGGUUAAGAUGAUUGGUCUACAUUGAGUCUACAUCUAGCAUUAUAAAAUGUGUCUGUUAACUCUGUUAUUGCUCCAUCACAUCUGCUGAUUCUUUAAAAAGUUAGUGGAUUAAAUUUUUGCCAUGCCAAGUUGGAGACCAAAUUGUCUUCGAGGAUCAAUUUAUAAUGACCCACCCCACUACAGCAUCACACCAAAGCACACACCAGAAACAGCAUACCCAGGCCAAGACAUCAGUGCUGACAGAAAGGGCACUCUACAAAUUGAAUUACAGAAAAGAGAAGGCUGUGGACUGGGCCUGACACUUGCAGGAGGUGUGGAUAAAGGACAACGGUGUUAUGUUUCUAAUCUACGACCAGGAAGUAUAGCACAUAGGUGCGAUGCCCUCCUAGUCGGAGAUUUGAUAGUUUCCAUUAAUGGGAUCAGAACUGCCAAUCUGAGACAUGAGGAGACUACAAACCUUCUCAAGAAUGCUGGGACCAAUGUGACGUUAGAAAUAGAGUACGAGUUACCUGAAUCAGGUUCUAGUAAUGCUAAUGUUUACAGUCAAGUACAUCAAAUUACUCUAGAGAAAGAAAUCUCAGGGUUUGGCAUCACACUGAGAGGUGGUGCUCUGGUUGACAAGAUCAAGGCUCACCCACUGACUGUUGUGGCCAUCCGACAAGGUGGUCCAGCUGACAGAGAAGGCAGCAUUCAAGUGGGUGACAGGGUGUUAGCUGUUAAUGGCUACAAAGUCAAUCACCUCAGUUUGAAUGAAACGCUAGAAAUAUUUGCUCAGUGUGAUAAGGCAGCAUCCUUCACACUUUCAUAUGAUGUAACUCUUUUAGAAUCUCAACGUACCAGCACAAAUCCUAUUAUGGUAGAACUGGAGCGUUUACCUGGCUCUGGCAUUGGGGUCACAUUGACUAAAGGACUCCAUGAAGGGAAAUCUUGUAUGUGUGUGAAUGAAGUGCAGCCCAUGAGCUCAGCAGACAGGUCUGGUGCCCUCCACCCAGGAGAUUAUAUUCUUUCUAUCAAUAAUGUCAGUGUAGAAUCAAUGUCGGUAGCUGAAGCCUUGCAAAAACUAAAAUCAGGGGCUGAUAACCAUGUCAGAGUAGAACUAGUUUCCUCAUCUCAGCUGGACCCCUGCCAUGAAUGUGACAAACUGUUAAAAAGAUCUUCUCUCCAGUCUCACAUGCUCCCAUCAACCACAUACACCAAUGUCCCAUUUCAUCAACACUUGAGAAACAAAAGUAGCACCAUCGCUGGAUACGGAGGCGACCGUUCUAGCAAUCACUUUCACAGUUUCAUAGAGAGCAACAGUGUACCAAUAGGAGCGUCUCAGUUUGGGACUCUCAGUAUGAGAAAACCCAACCUGUGGCGGCAUGACAGGAGAGCCACAUCCUGUAUGUCUAUAGCAUCAUCCAGCACAUCAGUUUUGAGCGCCAACAAUCAAGUUUGCCACACUGAAACGCUGGAGGUGAUUUUGUUUGCUGACCACAAGGGGCUAGGCUUCACACUGAAAAAUGUUGCUUUGACCACAUCUCCACUUUUCUAUCCACCAGUUGUUGGCUUUGUGGAGCCUAGGAGUGCUGCAGAAAAGUCUGGUGUGAUACAAGAAGGGGACAGAAUUCUUGCUGUGAAUGGUGUUGAUACAACAGAUCGUACUUUAGAAGAAGUUAAUCACUUUCUUCGUGAAUCUCGACCUAGAUGUGUGUUGCUUAUUGAGUUUGAUGUGACUGAGUCUGUGACACCAAGUUCAGGUGUUUAUAUUGUCAGGCUGGGCAAGAGGUCUGGUGACACUGGCAUCACUAUCAGUGGCUCUCUCAAUAAACAAGGAACAAAAGAUGCUUUGUAUAUCUCUGAUGUCAGAAGAGGUAGUGUAGCUCACAGAACUGGGUCCAUUCAGUCUGGAGAUACACUUCUAGCGAUCAAUGAUGUUAGACUAGACACCUGUACUCCAGAAGAUGCCAUGCACUUGCUGGAACUUCCUGAUGAUAUUGUCAAGUUGAAACUAAGAAGAGAUGAUCCAGAUGAAGGAAAUGAAGGAUUCAUUAUUUACACUGUAGAGCUGCAGAGGUUUGGAGGUCCUUUGGGUAUCACUAUUUCUGGCACAGAGGAUCCACUUGAUCCUAUUAUCAUUUCGGAGCUUACUCCACAUGGACUUGCUGACCGGACUGGAGCUAUACAUGUUGGUGAUCACCUGCUAGCAGUCAGUGGUGACUCAACCAAAAAUAAACCCUUAUCUGAAGCUAUACGAAUGUUACAGAGUGCUGGAGAUAUUGUUACAUUGAAGAUAGCGCGUCCAGAUCCUGCUAUAGAAGGCAGUCAUUUACAAGUCCAUCCAUUUGUAGGUCACACCAACCUCUCUCCAUCCACACCCAUUCCAAGUAUAGAUAGUGCCCUGGAGUCCUGGAACAGCUCAGCACAUGACAUAGAUAGUGAUCAUGCCAGUUUACCACCACUACCCAAGAGAAUAGCAUUAAGUGAGAAAUCAGUUCACAGUUCGUCAGAUUAUGGAGGGGAAGAGGAGAUACACUGUUCCAUUGAUUUUCAUAAAGAAAUUAACAGCAGCUCCCCAGAGGUUAACAAAGAAACAGAUGAUGAUGAUAGCAACACAAAUAUGGAUGACUGGGUCAAAACUUUAGAAGAGCUGGACAUGAACAUAGGAUCCGAAAUGUUGCAUCAAAUAGAACUCACACUUCGGGACAAAAGUGGGAAUGAUCUGGACAAACAUUCAGAUGAACAUGAUACAUCAGUUAGCUCAAAGGGGAAUCUCCAUACACAUAACAAUGGCCUUCCAAAAUCUAAACCCAGUGGUCAGAGGGUUGAUAACUCAACAGUAGCCAAACCAGCAGCAUUACCACCGCAGACCUCUUUGUCAAAGAAGGGGCCCCCUCCCCCCAUCAAGCCGAAGCCCAAAAUUCCAGCUAAACCUAAACUAGUCUUAGAUCAGAAAGAAAAAACUGCGACUCUUUCCCCUCAGCUUCAGUUGCAGAGAAUAAAGCUGGAGAAAAGCCGAGCAGGUGAAGACUUUGGUUUCUCUCUGUCUGAUGGAUUGUUUGAGCGUGGAGUCUACAUCAGUGCUGUCAGAAAAGGCAGUGUGGCUGAAAAAGCUGGACUGCAACCUUUAGAUCGAGUCUUACAAGUGAACCGAGUCAAAACCAGAGAUUUCGACUGCUGUCUAACAGUUCCAUUAAUUGCUGAGUCAGAUACGAAAGUUACUCUUGUUGUCUGCAGAAAUCCAAACUUGAAAUCCACCCAGAUAAACACAGCCAUUGUAAGCACAGACUCAUUGCUUAAGACAGUUUCCCAGAAGUCAUGAAUUGUCAUCUAUGACUUGUUGCUAAAAAUUAUUUGAUGUCUUAUUCAUUGAGACAAAAAAAACACGAGAUAACAGCUUGUCAUAAAGAAAAUAAGAUGAAUAUGUUGACAUAUCUCCUCUGCGAUAUUACUUACUCUUUUUUUUUUUAAAUUUCACUCUCCAUUGUUAUUUUUCUUUCUCCUCCCCCCCCCCUUUUCCCUUUCCUUUUCAUUGUAAGAGUGCUAUUGAAAGAAAACAAAAUUUGUAAACGCGAUGUUUUGUUUUUCUUAAAUCUUGUUAUCUUAAAGACAAAAGAUAUAUAUAAAAUAGUACAGAGGACUAAUUUUGUUUAUAUUUGCCCUAAGUAGUCUAAGUUCAAGUCAUCUUUAUUCAUUUAUGACAAUGCUAAACCCAAGCAAGCUCAUGAAAUCAUAAUACAGUUUUGAUAGGCUACACUUUUACCAGGACCAGACAAUGUAUUUUUUUGUAUGAUCUAUAUAUCUGUAUGUGUGUGUUUUCCCAAUGACCAAAAUAUGAUAAUCAUUAUGUCCUAUAGACAGACUUGUGCUUAAAAAAGUCUUCAAUUUGUUUUGUAUCAAUGUAGUAUCUUGAAGAUAGUUUUUAAGAGAAUUGACCCCCCCCCCCCCACCUCACCUCACCCAGCUAUACAAUAAAUGGGACUUUGUAAUUUAAUGGAUUUACUGUACUGCAAACUUAAACAAGCUUCUUUUUUUUGGGGGGGAAGGGGGUAUUAUUAUAAAUUAUUAUUUGAAAUCAUCUGCAUUGUUUAAGGUGCUAAGCUUAUACUAAUUUGUCAUUGUUUUAUUUUCACUGAUCUGAUCUGAAUAAAAUCCAAAUCUCCCUGGCUUAAGUCCAAUCUAAGGUUUGUCUAGACAAAAAUACUUAUGGAUACUCAUCCAAUAUAAGAAGUUAGUCCUCAACUUGCCUGUAGAAACUGUCUCAGUGUGGAACUGGCACAUUUACAGUCAGAGCCGCAAAUUUGUCAUCGAGCGUGACACAGAAAACUGUUUUUAUUGCCUUUAUUGGUGCUACCUUAUGCCCCAUCUUGAUGCAUCUCUUUUGUUUGACAUUUCCUUGUGUUUAGGCUAAGCCUUGCUAGUUCAAUAUGCAUUAAUGUAUUUUGAGCCAUUUCAAGAUCACCCUAUCAUAUUGUGCAUAUAUGCUAAAAAUAAGUUUUUAAAUGUUGUGAUGAUGGUCCACAAAAUGAAAUUCGAGCCAAGAAAAUAUGAUCAUAAUUUGUGCAUGUUUUCUCAAAACCAUUUCAAUUACCUUGAAUUGGUUAAAAAAAAAAAAAUUAGGUUAAAAAUUGUCAAAUUUAAAUUAUGCUAUGUCAUGGCAGAAGACAGUGAGAAACAUUAAAAAUAUUAGCCUUUGGUUACAGUUCUUUAUUAGAUAUCUGAAAAAAAAAACAACACUUGAAUGUAACAACAUAGUAAUAGUAAAACAAGUUUAUUGAUGUUAGUAAAGGUAUUUAACAGUACAGUUAAAUACAACUCAAAAACAUUGAAACUAUAGAAAUCAGAUUUGCUAAGGUCUUUAAAGUAUUCUGUGGGCUAUUGUCUGACUGAAAAUAUAAUUCUAGAUCCAACACAAGGUUGACUUGUAAAAAGUUUAGUUAGUGUAAAAAUAAUGCUAAUAUAUGAAUUAAGCUGUAAGUAAAUGUGUACUGUAAAUUCUGGGUUUAACUGUUGCUUGUUGUCUAGUUUAAAAUCAGACCCAUAAAUGAAAUUACCAGAUCAUUCUUGUACCAUGUUUCAACUAGUCUGACUGCCACUUUAUUGCUUGUUUUUUUUUUUCAUGAUAUUAAUGGAUGGUGCUACAAUCACACAUCUAAAUCUAUAUAUUUAAAACAUUGAUGUCAGUAAGUUACAUUAAUAUUGCAGGUUUUUUUGCAGUAUUUUAUCAAUCCCGCAGCAUUUAGACAACUACAUUUGCUACACAUUAUGUCUGAACUUUGUCCUGCUUCUAUUUGGGCAUAUUGGCUAUUUGUGAUUUGUAUUAACCAGUGCCUAAGUAGUUCCACAAUGUCCUAGACAUUCUUCUUAUUUAUUGGAGUAGAAAGUUAUAAGAAAGUAGUCGCUAAUGUGGUGUUUCUUUUUUUUUUUUAAAGCUAUUUAAAUGUAUGAAUUCUGACUACAGGUCAACACAUUAAUAUUUAUUUGGUAUUGAUUUUUUUGUUUCCUGCCAGAACAAAAUGUACAAAUUAUUUGUUUUGAGUUGAUUUAACAAUUUUAGUGAAAUACAAAUUAAUUAGGUCUAGUUUUUGACUCUCUGUUUUAGCUUCUUUUUAUUUUACCAACAUCCGGUAGAGAAGGUUUGGAAAUUAAGAGCUCAAAGUAAUAUAUAAUCUUGAUAAAAUGACAUUUGGUCUUAAAGAACUCAUUGGCUAAUGAAAUCUAUCUGGCUUAUUUUUUUUUUACUAAAUGUCAGUUUAUCUAUCGUUCUAGAAACCACUCAGUAAAAUCAGCAAUUCUUUCUUUUGGUUCAUUUUUUAUCAUCACAUGUUAUAGAUCAAAAGCAUACAAUUUUUAGAAUAUUGUUUUCUGGGUUUCAUUUUCAAGUGUACUUUACAGAUCAAUGUUUGAUCAAAGUUGAAGUGUUAUUUUCUCAGGGUUGCAGAAUGAUCAUUUGAGAAAAUGCAAAGCAGCUACAAGACCUUACUGCCAAUCUAGAUUCUGCAUCAAUUGCAAAAUACUCAUUCAUUGGUGGUCAAGAGACUACAUGAAACUUGACUGCCACAUACUGUAAAAAGCUAACAAAGUAUGUAGAGUUGUUCAGAUAUAUAAACCAAGUUUAACCAUUAUGAGGGUUCACAUAAACUUCCCAAUCAAAUUAUUGAUGGUCUAAGUUAAAAUGAUUGUAAACAUGUUGUAAUGAAAGUGGAAAGUCAAUAGACAAUGUCUCACUAAUGUUGCUUUAUAGGCAAUAUAAUUUGAAAUUUUGAAAUGAUUUUGAGUUUUGGCACAUCGGCACAAUUUAGGCCAUGUCGUGCCCGUAAUCCUUCAAGGAUUACUCCCCUUUGCAAGAGCUAAAUUCCAUACAGUUAAAUCUUUAAAAACAUGGUCUAUUCAAAGAAAAAGAAAAGUUGAGUACUGAAAAUGAAAUAAGAAUUCAAGAGGUUGCAAUAAAAGAUUGCUGUGUCCAAGGCUAGAUUUUCAUGCUUACAAUGCUAUAACUUGACAAGUAAUCUGAGAUAGUUGGGACACACCUACUUGACUAGCCAGGAGUUUCUUUCUUUGAAGUAUGUAGACAUAGUCACCUGAAAGAAAACUGAUUGGACAGAUUAAAUAGUGGAUUGAUACACUCUCUACUGCUGACAACGAGCAAGAGAACUGGGGUUGCAUGGUUGCAUGCACCAUCAAUUAAAAUCUUUAGCUCUAAUGUAUAAAGUAGAAUGUAAAGUGUAUGUACAUUUUUAAAAGAAAUAUUCUUCAUAGAAAUCUGCAUUGUUGACUUGUUAUAAAAUGUGGCUUGAAACUUCCUUCUGUCAUUGUGGAGCUGUAGUAUAUGUAAGAGCCCUCCUGCCCCAUCACCAUGGCAACAUUCUAGUCGCUUGCUUUCUUUAAACAAUUCCUUUUUCAUUAUCUUAGAAAUUUGGAAUGAAAAUAAUUCAAAUGUUAAAAGCGACAAGAUUUGAUCAGUAGGCAGAAAUCUUUAUUUUAUUUAGUUCAUUUUUGUAGAGUUAUGUAAGUAUUGUAAACCAGGAGCAUAAUUUCAUAUUUUUAUCAUUUUAUUUUGUUUCUCUUUAAUUAUCCGGAUCACAUUUUUCAUUUCAUUCAUUUUGUUUGUGUGCUCCUCUCGUCUUUCCUGUUCAUAUUUGAACACAGUUUUACAACCUUGUUGCCUAAUGAUAUUUGCUGAAUGUAAUGUUUCUCCAUUUAAUUAAUGUGUAUAGUUUAACUUAUGCCAUUAGUGCAAUAUGAAUAAUGGGUUUUGUUUUGUUUCGGCUUUUUUGCUAAAUUUUUGAGGUAAGCUUCCGCCUGGCCUUACAAAACUGUGAUUUUUUUAAUAGUUUUAUGUAGAUCGUCACUGACAAAAAAGGUUGCUAGAAAAAAAUAUGCUUGUGAUCGAGCUUGUUUUUUUAUUGACAGUUAUCGCAGGUGACUUCUGUUGGGAGUCAAAAACAUAGCUUGCAUGUAGUAUCUUAGUCCAAAUCAAGGGUCAAGGUGAAUGAGUCGGAAAUGACCUUUCACUAGGUUUUUCUGUAUAUCUUAAAACCAUUUGUAAAGUUUAAUGUAAGUGUCUUAUUUAAAAGUUAGAUUUUGUUGUUUAGCUGAGAGAACUAUUGAGUUGAAAGUACACAUUCUUAUGAUCAUUCACUUCUUUAGUUCUAUUUCUCACAAGUUUUUAAAUUUACUUUUAUAUAAUUUUUUGCAUUUUGUUUUAUGUUAAUUUAUAUAUAUUUUUAUGUUUAUUUAUAAUAUUUUGACUGUGUUAUAUUUGCUAAAUGGUUAGAAGUGGACCAGUUGUUGUGUUUGGAAGUAAGGUUAAAGCAGUGUUUAAAAUCUUGAACAAAAAGGUUUGUAUUGUAUCCAGUGGUAGAGAUCACACAGCUAAAGAAAGAAAGAAAUAUAAAGCAACUGCCUCAUCACAUAGGAUGUUGUAUUUACAGCUACAUUGGAACAGGAUAAGCCUUAAAACUUGAAACAAUUAUUCACCAGUCUAAAAUUAAGAUAAUUACAUGCACUUGCAUUGUAUUCAUGAGUAUCUUCAGCUUAAGUCUGAAAGAUGUAUUUGAUGUUAAAUCUGACUUAGCCUAUAUAAAAAUGUUAAAAAUUUAGUUUGUAGCAAAAAAAAAAUUGGCCAAAUAAUUACAUGAAAUUGGAGAUUGUUUUUUGUAUGUAUCUCACUUCUGGAAGAUUCUUUGAUUAAAUGUUUUUUGAUUUUC